AUGCCGGGUGAGCCGGGGAUCGGGGCUCAGAAACCUUGCCGCCGCCCGAUCGCGCCUCCGCCCCGCCUCGGUCUCGUACCCACCUGGAAGCCGCGCGGCUACCGCCUCGCCUCGGCGCGCUCACCUAGGCUGCCGGCGUUGGCCCUCCGGCAGGCGCUUUUCUCUCGCCGCGCGGCCCCCGCCCCCGGCUCUCCGGCCCCGCCCGUCCCCAGCUCCCCGCUCCUCCCCUGCGCCCCCCUCCCAAAGACGGCUGGAGCCCGCGGCAGGGCGGCUCAGGGAGUGUCGCCAAAGUGCCGGUCUGGCCCGUCGCUCUCUCAGCCCCACCCCCUGCCCGAACCAGGGUCCCACCCUAGGGAGCGUCUCAAAAGUGCGCAGCUCCAGCCCACUCCACCAGGCCUUACUCCCAGCUUCCUGCAUCCCUGCUCCCUGCCCCCUCCCCCUGAGCGCCAGAGCAAUUUCAGCAGAUGGCCGCACGGGCUGCUUGUGGGCUUGUGCCCUGAAGGCUGGAACUGGACGCUGCCACACAAGACCUGCCUGCUCUGCCAGUGCCCACGGAGGCGCACUCCCAGGCAACCAGGGACAGCCCCCUCCCUAUCACUUCUCUUGAUGGUGUUUAGUGGCGCCCUCCUAUGGGCUGCGUCCCUCCCCCAUCUGGUAUUGGGAACAGGGACCUUCACCGUGGGGGUGCUGGGUCCCUGGGACUGUGACCUCACCUUUGCUCAGGCCCUCCCAAAUGUAGCUGCCCAGCUGGCUGUAGAUGGAGUCAACCAGGACCCUUCAUUGUCACUGGGCUCACAGCUGGCGUCUGGCGUCCUCCCCACAGGCUGCAACACCUCUCAUGCCCUGGCCACAUUCCUAGCCCACAAGAACGCUGUGGCUGCUUUUGUGGGCCCUGUCGAUCCUGGUUACUACCCAGCAGCAGCUCUACUGGCUUACAGCUGGGGCAAGACCCUCUUCUCCUGGGCAUGUGAGGCUCCAGAUGGUGGAGGUGAAUUGGUGCCCAGCUUGCCUUCUGCUGCCCAUGUGCUACUGUCUGUCAUGAGACACUUUGGCUGGGCUCACUCAGAGAUUGUGUCCUCCCACCAGGGCAUCUGGGUGGCCACAGCCCAGCAGCUGGCCGCAACUAUCAGGACACAUGGGCUACCUGUGGGGCUGGUGACCUCUCUGGGACCUGGGGAUCAGGGGGCCCCAGAAGUCUUAAAGCAGCUCUGCAGCAUGGAUGGCCUGAAAAUUGUGGUGCUGUGCAUGCACUCUGCAUCGGGGGGCUUGGAGACUGCCCUGCUGGGCCACGCUGAUGCCCAGGGCCUGGCAGAUGGAAGGCUGGUCUUCCUGCCCUAUGAUACGCUCCUCUUUGCCCUGCCCUACCACAACCGCUCCUACCCCAUCCUGGGUGUCAGCGGCCCCCUGCGGAAGGCCUCUGACACGGUGCUUACUGUCAGCCUGGAGUCCAGCCCUGAAAAUGAGGCUUUUGCUGCUGCUGCUGCUGGGUUGGGUAGAGAAGUAGCUGCCCACCUGAAGCCAGAGCAGGUGUCCCCACUCUUUGGAACCAUCUAUGAUGCUGUUGUCCUAUUGGCCCAUACCCUGAGCCGCUCUGAAAGCAAGGGGGCAGGGUUCUCAGGAACUCACCUAGGGGACCAUAUAGGGGCUCUUGAUGUGGCAGGAUUUAGCCAGAGGAUCUGGACCAAUGAGAAGGGUAGGAGGCUGGCCCAGUAUGUCAUCUUGGACACCGAUGGUCAAGGAAGCCAGUUGGUCCCCACCAACAUUCUGGACACAGCCACAUAGAAAGUGAAGCCCCUGAGCAAGGCCAUACAUUUUCCAGGAGGGGCUCCUCCAGCCCAUGACUCCAGCUGCUGGUUCGACCCCAAUACCCUGUGUAUGAGAGGUACACAGCCCCUGAGCAGCCUCCUGGCUCUGGCCCUGACCUGUGGCCUGAUGCUAGCUGGUGGGGCCCUCAUUGUCUCUGUCAGACUGGGCAUCCGGCAGCUGCAGCUGGUGUGGUGCCCCCACCAGGUCCUGUUGACCACCCAGGAGCUCACCUUCCUCCGCAGGCCCCCAAGCUGUAGGGCAGGUGGGGUAGAGCUGGGCUGUGAAUCAAGAAGCAUGGAUGAUGGCGGGAGCCUGGGGUCAGUGGCCCAGGGGUCAGCAAGAAGCCCGCCAGCCCCCCAGGAGGCCAGCAACAUAGCGUUAUACCAGGGAGACUGGGUUUGGCUGAAGAAGUGUGAAGCAGGUACAGCUCCUCAGCUGCACCCCAGCUGCCUCGGCCUCCUGAGAAAGAUGAGAGAGAUGCAUCAUGAGAAUGUCACCACCUGCCUGGGCUUUUUUGUGGUUCCUGAGGUCAGUGCUCUGGUGCUAGAUAGCCUAAAGGACCUGCUACAAAACAAGGCUCUGUGGCAAGACUGGACCUUCAAGGCCUCCCUACUUCUGGAUUUGAUCCAAGGCGUGCAGUAUCUGCACCAUUGACACCUCCUGCAUGGCUGCCUCAAGUCCCUGAACUGUGUAGUGGAUUGUUACUUCGUGCUCAAGGUCACUGACUAUGGCUAUGCUGAGCUCUUGGAUGCCCAGCAGUUGCCUGGACCCCAGCCUGCCCCAGAAGAGCUGCUGUGGACAGCUCCUGAGCUGCUGAGAGGCCCCAGGAGCCCAGGGGACGUCUUCAGCAUGGGCAUCAUUUUUCAGGAGGUGCUGACCCAAAGUCCACCCUACUCCUCCUUGGGGCUCUCAGCAGAAGAAAUCAUCGGGAAGGUGGCUUCUCCCCCUCCUCUGUGCUGGCCACUGGUGUCCCCUGACCACGGGCCACACGUGUGCAUCCAGCUGAUGAAGCAAUGUUGGGAAGAGGCUCCUGAGAACAGAACAACCCUGGACCAGAUCUACACCCAGUUCAAAAGCAUCAACCAAGGUAAGAAGACCAGUGUUGCCGACUCCAUGCUGUGGAUGCUACAGAAGUAUUCCCAGAGCCUGGAGGACCUGGUCCAGGAGAGGACAGAGGAGCUGGAGCUGGAGAGGUGGAAGACAGAGAGGCUGCUCUCGCAGAUGCUUCCCCCGUCUGUUGCCGAAGCUCUGAAGAUGGCAACUGUGGAGCCAGAGUAUUUUGACCAGGUUACCAUAUACUUCAGUGAUAUUGUGGGUUUCACUACCAUCUCAGCCCUGAGUGAACCCAUUGAAGUGGUGGGCUUGCUCAAUGACCUCUAUACAUUAUACGAUGCUAUUCUGCGCAACUAUGAUGUAUAUAAGGUUGAGACCAUUGGAGACACCUACAUGGUAGCUUCGGGGUUGCCCCAGCGCAACGGGAGCCGGCACGCAGCUGAGAUCGCCUACAUGGCCCUGGACAUCCUCAGCUCUGUGGGUGACUUCCGGGUGAGGCACGCACCCAGUGUACCCAUUCACAUCAGGAUUGGGCUGCACUCAGGGCCUUGCAUGGCAGGGGCCGUGGGGGUACCACGGUACUGCCUGUUUGGAGACACUGUCAACACUGCAUCCCGGAUGGAGUCCACAGGAUUGCCCUACAGAAUCCACAUGAGCCGAAGCACCGUUCAAGCCCUGCUCAGCCUUGAUGAAGGCUACAAAAUUGAUGUCAGAGGUCAGACGGAGCUGAAAGGGAAGGACGUGGAGGAGACCUACUGGCUGGUGGGGAAAGCAGGCUUCCCCAGGCCCCUGCCCACACCCCUGCACAUCAAACCUGUAGACCCCUGGCAGGACCUCAUAAACCAAGAAAUCAAGGCAGCCUUCGCCAAAGCUCGCCAGGGCUCAAGUGGGCCCCAGAGUUCAGGCAAAGCCCCAGCCCCGCACUGA